UUGAAGGGAUAACCAGACAUAGCCAAACAUCUCAGCAUCAUGUUUGGCUUUUAAGUUUGAAGAAAUUCAUCAGACAGGAACAGUUUUUGGAAUUAAAAACUUGACAACUUUUCGUCUUAAAAUAUUGCAGACAGCGAAGGCGGUUAUAGUUUGAUUGACAGCGCUUUCUAUGCUCCUCCCCCCGAGGCGCUUAAAUGACAGGCGCGCGCCUGUGAGCUCGCGGCUGACGCCAGUGAGAGAGAUGCUGUAGAGCAGCUCAACUUCCAGCAGCGAGUUAUUACUCUGUUAAAAAUAUUAUUUGUGCCUCAACAAUGAAAACCAUACUCGCUGCGUAUUCCGGUGUGAAAAAGGGCUCGGGCUCCAGCAUCCUCUCAGCCUUACACGACCUGCCCUCCGUCCCCUGGCUGACACAAUCCAAAAUCAUGAAAUAUCUGCAGGUGAUCUCUGUCCUGCAGUUUGUCAUCACAUUUCUUGCCAUGGGCAUUGGCUGCUCUUUGCUGCUGAUGUACAUGUUUUGCACAGACUGCUGGGUAAUUGCUGCCAUUUACACCGCCUGGCUGAUCUAUGACUGGAACACCCCUAAACAAGGAGGCCGUAGAUCGACCUGGGUGAGAAACUGGACUGUGUGGAAAUACUUUAGAGACUAUUUUCCCAUAAGACUCAUCAAGACACAUAACCUGCUUCCCAGCAGAAACUACAUUUUUGGCUAUCACCCUCAUGGCAUCUUCUGUUUUGGUGCUUUUUGUAACUUUGGGACCGAGGCCACAGGAUUCUCCAAGAUAUUCCCUGGAAUCAAGCCGUCUCUUGCCACAUUGGCUGGAAACUUCCGCUUGCCAGUCUUUAGGGAUUACCUGAUGUCUGGAGGUAUCUGCCCAGUAAACAGAAACUCCAUUGACUACCUCCUGUCUAGUAACGGUACGGGCAACGCUGUGGUCAUUGUGAUCGGAGGGGCUGCAGAAUCUCUGCACUGUACACCAGGAAUGAACUCUGUCACGCUGAAAAAACGCAAAGGUUUUGUGAAACUGGCCCUCAAGCAAGGUGCUGAUCUGGUGCCUGUCUACUCAUUUGGUGAGAAUGAGGUUUACAAACAGCUGAUUUUUGACGAUGACUCUUGGUGGCGAAUGGUUCAAAAGAGACUUCAGAAGAUUUUAGGUUUUGCCCCCUGCCUGUUUCAUGGCUGUGGACUGUUCUUCCCUGAGUCCUGGGGUCUUGUACCAUAUUGCAAACCCAUCACUACUGUUGUUGGUGAACCCAUCACAGUUCCAAAAAUCGAGGAGCCGAGUCAGGACGUCAUAGAUAUGUACCAUGCCAUGUACAUCAGGUCCCUCAAGUCUCUCUUUGACAAUUACAAGACCCGUUUCGGUCUAAAUGAGAGUGACACCCUUCAAAUUCAAUGAAAGACAGCAUAGAGGAAUAAAAACUUCAUAAAAGACUCUGGAACAUCUGCCUCCCAAAUGAAGUGCCUGUUCAUAGAAGGUGAAUGAAAUCAAUGCUGUUUCUGUUCAUAGUAAUCACAGUAAACUGUACUGAAAAGUACUGUAUCACAUGGGAUGCAGUGAAUCUAACCUGUGUCACUUCUGCUUGUUGCCACUGGGUGGCAAUGUGCAAUAAACACUACACCGAUUGCUGUCAAGUGAAAUCAAGAUUUUCUUCGCUUGUGGACAUAUAUUCCUACAUGGCAAUACAUUUACAAGUUAUGUAUUUAAGGUUUGCCCCCAUUAUUUUACUGCACAAGCAAUGCAGUUAUUGUGAGUUUUGCCUCACUAAAAAAAAUCACAAUGUGGUUGUGUAACCAAAGAGUGGAGGUUAAGCAAAAGUGAUUAAUUUGUGGGAAUAAGUUGGAAUAAAUAUAAAGAAAAUGAUCCUAUUUGAUCAUAGCUCGAAGGUAAAAGAGGAAGUAAAAGUGAAGUCUAGAGGGUGAAGAUUAUAAUGAAUACCUGUAAAUGUGUGAUUAUAUUAUUGGAAUGCUAAUGAAUGCUGGUCAUCUUUUUUUUCUGUAACACUAUUGAUAAUUCACCACAGAAGUAUUCAUUUUGCAUAUAUAAGUUGCACAGACAUGCUUUGCUGAGCUCAAGCAAAUAGUUUACCUGCUACUAACAUUGCAGCCUUCAAAUAAGUUCAGUUUUCACCAUGUCCCCCAGUUACAAGUAUCAGGCAUUUAUUUCAGAAACAAAUGCUGAAGAGACCUCAAAUGUGUUUGCAUGCCAAAUCAAACAAGCGUUUUAACUUGAAUUCAAGUGCCAAAAUGUAUAUAUGCAAUCAUUUUUAACCUGAGAUAUUAAAGUUUUUACUGUGAUUGUUUAUUCAGUGGAUUCAGGGGACCUUGCUCUUGAUAGGUUGAUAAUAAGCAAUUACUGUACAUGCUGACAUUUAACCAAGGUUUUACAGUGGUGAAUAUAUAAUAAAUGCUAAAGUGUCAAUCUCUGA